UCUCCCCUAUUUUCAUAUGUAUGUUCCAAAGAAAAGAGCAGAAUAAAGUGAAACAGACUGACUGUGGUAACACGGGGAGUUUCCUUCUUGCUGUAAAUCCCUCCCACAUGGACUGCAUACUUUCACUUUCACUUUGUUCACAUUCACUGUUUGCUGACAUGGAGCAGAAGAUGCUGCUUCUGGAGGGUCUUCCAGACCAGUUGGGCUCCAUGAAGUCAAAGCUCUUCUUGUACUUCAGGAACAAAAGGAAAUCGGGAGGAGAAGUGUUUCAAAUCCAGGAGCACCCCAGUGACGGCAGGAAGGCGCUGCUGGUGUACCUCCACGAUGAAGAUCUUCAGAAAGUGCUCCAGAGAGGAAAGCACACAGUGGAUUUUAAGGACUGGGGGCCUGUGGAGCUCAGGGUGAAGAGCAUCAGUACAAACACACCUUUACGUGCACGCGGCGCCGAAGAGCCGGACACCACACCGUCACGUGGCCCAGAGACGGAGAAGCAGGAAAAAGUGCCUUUUUGCAGAGAAGAAUCAAAGAAAGAGAAGGGUAAAGACGAGGAAGGCACACUGCUAGUGCGCUGUCAGUGUCCACUCUCAGAGGACUGGCUUCUGCUGUAUUUUGAGCAGUUCUCCGAGGAUGUCAGCAUAAUGAGACAUGGGGAAAACCAGUGGAUUAUCAGGAUGUCCAACCUGUCAGAUGCACAGAAAGUCCUCGCCAAGGAAGAGCACAACAUCAACGGUUCCGCUCUGACCGUUGAGCUCUACGACGAGGGAGCCGCGGAGAGCAAGCUGGACCCCCGCCGGUUCGUCCUGAGCGGAUUUACAGGUGACUGCAAGCACGGGCUCAUCCCUGUCUACAUCAAGAGCUGCAGUAAAGGUGCUGAACACUCCUGGGAAGUUCUCACUGAUGAGAAGAGCAUAGCGGUCACCUUCAAAGAGGACAUCGACAUCCAGGCCUUCCUGAAGAAAUGCUCUGGGAAGAAGUUCCAGAACCUGGAGAUCUCCGUCUCGCGUCUGGAGCACACAGACACAGUUUUGGUUAAGGGUGAGAUGGACAACAUCUCGGAUGAGGCGCUGCAGCUGUAUUUCACCAGCAAAAGGAGCAAAGGAGGAGAAAUCAAAUCUUUGCAUUGGAUCAACAGGACUAGUAGUGUGAUCGUCACCUUCGAACACUGGCAAGUGGCACAGAGGGUGGCUGAGCAGAAACACCAUCUCUGUGGAGUCAGUCUGAACGUCCAGCUGUUCUACUCCACUCUCCAGGAAGCUUUGGCUGGAGAAACUUCUCCCCUUCCAACCUUUCCUAGAACAGUUACUUUCCCUUUGGACUCUGAAUACCUUGGCAAAAUCUACCUUCACGAGAGGCUCAAAGAGCAUUUUGAGAGGACCUUGAGGGAGGCUCAUGCCAAACUCUCAAUUGAAAGGACUGCAGUGCCACCACAGGUCCUGUUAGAGAUGUCGUUAGACCCCAGCACCCUGCUGCUUUACCACGUGGCCCCCACUUGGGAAUCUGAUGCUCAGAAAGCCAUGCAAGACCUAUUGGAGACUUACACGGUUUUCUUGGUGGCAGCAAAGUCAGAGGUCUGGGAGAGAAUCAAGGACAGAUGUCUCAACACGAACUCUGAUGACGUCCACGUCUCCUACAACAGCACAAGCUGCACUGUUGUGUUGGUGGGACACCGGGGCGAAGCAAAGCGCGUUGAGGACAACAUCAAGGUGCUUGUGAUGCAGACCGAUGCGGAGUUGGAGACCGAGAGGAGCACCGUUGAGAAGAGCUUCCCUGUCCAAGCCAAGGAGGAGUUAGAUUUCUUGUGGAACUUGGUCUCUGGUAAACUGGGUGAUGUUGAGAGCUCAGUAGAUGAAGCAAACCUGAGCAUCCAUCUUAAGGGCCUGCAGGACAAGGUGAGCUCAGCAGAAGCAACUGUGAAGGAAGCUCACAUGAAUUUAGCUAUUCAAACUCUGAAUUUAUCUGCACAUAAAGUGGAAUAUUUAAAGACUUUUGAUAUCAAGAAGUUUGUAGCCGAUCACUUUGUCCCGAAUUGUAUUUCGGCUGUGAUCCUUGACCGAGGUCAUUCCUAUCAGAUCCUUGUGGAGAAGAAAGAUCUACCCAACGCCGAGAAUAAAAUAAAUGAUGUUCUGAAGGAGGAGGUGAUAGACCUUACACCUGAUCAAGUUGAAAUCACAAAGGGUGAAAACUGGAGACACUUUUAUAAUGAGCUGAACAAAGACGUGGAAUCCUUCAGCAGCGUUGGCAAUGUAAGGGUUUCACACAAAGACAAACAGAUUGUGAUAGUUGGGUUUGGCAGUGCGGUGGCAGACAUUACAAGAAAGGUGAAAGGCUACCUGAAUGACAAAGUGCCAGCAACAGAAGAAGUUCCACUCAAAUCAGAGCAAGAAAUGGAAUUGAUCAGAGAUUGCAUGAACCUCCAGGAAGAGCCUGAUAUUAAGGCCCUGGAUAUAAUGGUGCUGCCAUCACAGGCAUGGGUUUCUCCUUGCCUGAAAGUCACUGCAGCUCGGGAGAAGAUCAAAGAGGCCGUGUCCGUGGUGAAGAAGCACACUGCUCGAAUCAUGAUGGAGAAGCACACGUUCUCCAAAGCUGGUGAAUUCAAAGUGUUGGAGAAGAAUCAAGCUGCCCUCAAAGCAAGGGGCAAGGAACUCAGAUGCAAGCUCUUCUUCUCCAACGAGAAAGACAUCCAUGCAUGUCCUUUCCAGCGUUACAGCCUUAAAAUUACUGGAAGUAUCACUUUGACCAUCACGCAAGGCGACAUAACGUGCCAAAUGGCUGAGGUUUUGGUUUGUCCAUUGAGCAGCACCACGGCUUUCAAUAACCCUGUAGCCCAGCAACUUCUCCAUGUUGGGGGCCCUCAGAUACAGGAUGUCCCUAACAAGCUUUUAGCAGAAGGAAACCCUUUACAACCUGGAGAUGUGAUCCUCUCCCCCCCAGGACAGCUGUCUGCUAAGACUCUCAUAUAUGCUGGCAUUCCAGUGUUUGGGACAGGGGUCCACCUCAAGCCAGUCACUCUCAAGUGUCUCACAAAUGCAGAGGACAAGCAGUGUGUCUCCAUAGCGAUGCCACCGCUGGGGUGCGCCACCUUCAGCUUCCCUGUGAGAGAGAGCUGUAAGGCCAUCAUGGCGGCCGUCCUCGAGUUCUGCCGAAACCAACAAAAACCACCGAAAAACCUGACAAACAUCCUUAUCGUCGACCCUGAUGCCAAGAUAGUCGAGGAAUUCAUUUCUGCGGUAAAAGAAAUGGGAACUCCAGGCAUGCUGGGGAAAGACUCCAGCAGAAGACCAAGUGCAAGGACCAUUUUUGGAAAAUUUCCACUUUCGGCAAACAAACAGAAUAAGGCAGCUCCAUCUGUGGCACCUAAAACAGCAAACGCGAGAAUGCUCAUUGGGUGCACACUGGUGGUGCUGAAGAAGGGCGACAUCACCAAAGAGCAAGUGGACGCCAUCGUGAAUUCUACCAACAGCAGUCUGGACCUCGACACAGGAGUGUCAGGAGCCAUUCUUAAGGCCGCCGGGACGUCCGUUAUGGAUGAAUGCGCCCAACUAGGGAAGCAGAAGGCAGAUGCUGUGGUCGUCACCGGAGGAGGCAGCCUCAACUGCAGCUACAUCAUCCAGAUGGUGGGACCCACUAACACAGACGGUAUCACGGCCUCCAUGGAGAAGGUCCUGCAGCUCUGCGAGACCAAGAAAUGUACGUCGUUGUCCGUCCCUGCUAUCGGCACAGGCAGAGGAAAUAUUGGGCCCAAGAAUUCGAUCGAAGCAAUGCUCAAAGGUCUGGAGAACCAUUCCACACAGACAGCAGCAUCCUGCAUCAGAUCCAUGUUCAUAGUGUCCUUGGACCAAAAGGUGUUUGACUCUUAUUGCGACUAUUUUGCGGAGCGGAACAAGGUGCCAUUCAUGAAGCAGGCCACCACAGUACCUUCUUCAGCUCCAGUUCAGUCAAAUCUCAAAGGACUCCCAGACCAUCAAGUUAAAAUCCGGGAUGUCAGACUUGAGUUGAAGAAGGGAAGUAUCAUCCAUGAGACAGUGAGAGGGAUCGUCAACACCACCAACAAGGACCUGAACCUGACCGGAGGGGUGUCCGGAGCAAUAUUCAGGGCAGCGGGAAACACGGUGCAGGAGGAGUGUAAAAAACUCGGUCCUCUGGAUAAUGACAAGGUCAUGGUGACGAGCGGUGGUUCGCUGCACUGUGACCAUAUCGUUCACAUGCUGGGGCCCCACUCCACGGCAGAGGUGACGUCCCAUGUUGAGAGAGUAUUGGAGGCGUGCGAGAAGAACCAGAUCACCACUGUCUCCUUCCCUGCUGUCGGUACCGGUGGUGGAGGCCUUAAAGCGACUGAUGUCACAUCUGCCAUGCUGCAAGGGUUUGAGAAUCAUUUAUCAAGGCAGACCUCCACUGUUUUAAAACUGGUUUACAUCGUCAUCGAUCAGGACCAGAUUCUUCAGGACUUUCUGGAAGGGUUCAAGAAGUGGACAACAAAAACAAAGACUGGCUCUAGUGAAGAUCUGGAUGCAAAUGAAGACUGGACCACUACAUCUGAAGAUGAAGAUUUGGAUCUAGCCAGUGGCACCAUUGAAGUCAUCAUGGGGCCAGUUAAAGUCAAGGCACUGUAUGGUGACAUCACCAAAGAGAUGACCGAUGCCAUUGUGAGCAGUACCAACACCAGCCUCAACCUAAGCUCAGGUGUGUCUGGGGCAAUUCUCAAAGCAGCAGGGACUACAGUGGUGGACGAGUGCAAGGCCUUGGGCACUCAACCAAAUGAUGGAGUGGUGAUAACCAAAGCAGGAAACCUCAAGGUCAAACACAUUGUCCAUAUGGUAGGACAGACCACGGAGAAAGGCAUCACGAACUCUGUGGUCAAAGUUUUGAAGGCCUGUGACAGCGUUACGGUGCAGUCUGUAGCAUUUCCCGCACUAGGGACUGGUGUAGGGAACCUUCCAGCAAAUAAAGUUGCUCAGGCCAUGAUAGACGCCGUCAAGACUUUUCUGAAAGACCACCCCAACCCAUCCGUCACCCUAAUACACAUCGUCAUAUUCCAGCAGAAGAUAAUGUCUAGUUUUGAGGAGGUCAUGAAGAAGUCUAAAAAGGUCACUCCCCAAAAAGCAGCAGGGAAAACGGUUGCAGCCCAGAGCACUGCCUCGAUAUCAGACCAGUCCCAGGUGUCCCCGAAAAGCGGCAUCUUGAACCCGGUCAGCCUUGUGCACUCUGUGUCGUACCCUGCCAUGACCGUGGAGGUGUACGGGACAUCCUCAGCCAGCCUGGCCCAGGUCAAGGAGGGGCUGGAAAAGCUGGUGAGAGAGGAGUGCAGCAGCCAGGAGGUGGAAACCCCAGGUCUUGACCUGCUCAAUGACUCCGAGAAGCUGAACAUCCUGGCUCUGGCUCGCAAAAACCAAGUCUGGAUCACUGCCCAAUCCAACAAGUUCACAGUGUCGGGGAAGAAGGAUGAUGUCCUGAUGGCCGUUCUCCAGAUGAAGGACUUGGUCCAGAAGGCCAAGGACAGAGAGAACGAGAAGCAAGAUAAGGAGAGGGUCAGGAGAACAGUGCGCUGGGAGAAGGUCAGGUACGACAGCUGGAGAGCGAUGGACUCCAGCGUCAGCUAUAGCCUGGAAGUGGCCUACCACGAGAAAAAGAAGACGUACGUGUACCAACACAGAGGGGAGACGUUCACUGUGGACUUUGAGCAAAUGCAGCAGACGGACAGUAAAGGAAGGACGGUCAAAAUCAAGAGGAGCCUCCUGGCAGAUUCAGACACAGCUGUCAUCCAACCGCCACCGACAUGGACCAAAAUGGACCGCAGUGACAUGGAGGUGGUUCCGCUGCCAUCCGCAUCAGAGGAGUUUCAGAGAAUUUCCAAAGAGUUUGUACAGUCCUGUCAAGACUUUACACAGAGUGAUAAUAAAACCAUUGAGAUAAUCCAGAUACAGAGAGUCCAGAACAAGGAGCAGUGGCAGAGGUACGCAGUGAGGAAGCAGGCUGUCGAUAAGAAGUACCCUAGCAACAAGAACGAGCAGAUCCUUUACCACGGUACCACCAAGGACAUCUGCCAGAAGAUAAACGCCAACGGCUUCAACAGGAGCUUCUGUGGCAGGAACGCUACAAAAUACGGCCAUGGAACGUACUUCGCCAGAGAGGCCUACUACUCCUGCUACGACAACUACUCGAACCCAGACGAGAACGGCCACAAGUACAUGUAUAGGGCGCGAGUGCUCACGGGGAAGGCGUGCCUGGGGAACGGGAAGAUGAAAGAGCCUACGGCGCUGAACCCCAGCGACCCCCUGGAUGGCCUGCAUGACUGCGCUGUGGACAACCUGCAGAACCCCUUCAUCUACGUCAUCUUUUGCGACGCCGGCGCCUACCCAGAGUACCUCAUCUCAUUCAAGGCCGUGUGACGGCCGCGUUUCCAACAGGGGGACCCAAGGGUUUCGCCAAAAAUUCUGUGCCUUAUGAUCUGCCUUUAAAUAAACCGGUUGCCACUGCCAAGACUUUAAAUUAUACCAAAGCUGACAGAUCAGCGCUGUUUUAUGCGCACGCACGCACGCACGCUGAGAUAAAUAUAUCAAAAAUCAUAUUUUCUGUACCAUUGAUGCAUCACUAAACCCAGCAACUUGCUUUUUAAAACCACUGAUGCUGCAGUAUCCGACCUGGUCCUCAGGGAACUACAAUAUUAAAAAUUAAUAGCAAUAAAGAA